GCAUCCUCGCCCUUCCGCUCGACCUCCACAUACCCAUCAUCGCCAAUCACUGUAGGUGGCGCGCGUGGCCUCCAUCCCCGGUCCGAUGCAGUGCUUCUAGUCCACUAAAUGCACGCCUCGACUUCGGACUCUCAGUUGCCCUAGGAUGCAACUGAGCGACUACGCGCCAUAGCAUGCGAGGACGGCAAGACUGGUUUUCUGGAAACAUAUUAUUAUACGACUACUUAUCGAGAAAAAGAGCACCAAUCUUCCUAGAUCGGAAUCUAACCCAAAUCCUCCAAGCACACGAGGAUCUGUUGAGCGGACGUAACACAAGCAGCCGCACAAGGUCUGACUUUGACUUUCGUUCUCGGUGGAAACCCCCAUCUGACGACCGGCUGAACAAGAUGAUUGACCGGGACAACGCCAAAGGGUCAUUCGUGCUUGAAGUGCACGCCAUUGCCCCGCAGGAUGACCAGACAGUCGCGCAGAACGAGUAUGAGCGUGGCCCAGUCACCAAAAUCCGGAAUUUGAUGCGGAUAUCGAGUACCGUCAGGGUAUCUGUCAUUCCGCCAUCUUCUGACAUGCCAGCUACAGGCUCUUUUGCGCGCGAAGCCAUGCUACGAGGAGCUGAUAGAGGCUUGACUCGAGGAGCUGCUGUCGAAAUGAGUCCACUUCUUUUGCACCCCAGGGAUAUCUCCUCCGAUCCAGGGGGAAUCACUGUUGAUGACUCUUACAGAUUGCUAAUAAGCAUGAAUUUUACAAGCCACGCAGACGCCCAAGAGAUGUACAACUAUCUGGGCCUCAGAGACACAGACACAGCUACACACCUGUCGACUUCCUAUAAGAAUAUCCUCGAGUGUCCAGAGGACAGGAUCAUUCUGCCACUGAGAGCAGCGGGCAAGCUAGUCGGAAUUGGUCUCGAGGUCAGCAUGUACUGGAACAGUACCACAGGAGAUUCAAUCCUCGCCAGCUACAACCAACAUCUCAAAAACACAAUGGAGCCGCCUAGCUCAUACCCCACUCCCCCUCGGGAUGCAACACCACGCUACAAGCUGACCUAUGUCUACGGAAACGAAAUCCUCGAGCGGUCAGAGCCUGUCUGCUUGCAUUGUUCCAGAGGAAAGAAACUCAAAGACGUGCACGAACUCGAAAUGCAUUUGAACACGUGGCACGAAUACUUUUCCUAUCAGCUUACCCCGAGAGGAAUUGAUGCCAACGGGGUUGAGCACUAUCAAUUUGCAAGCGAAGUUACGGAUCCUAGAGCCGAUCACCGUCAACGGGCGAGUGGUCACACAUACGAGCCCUGCGAUGUACGUGUACUCGCCCCAGACCUACCAUUCGACAGACGGCGGUAUUUGGAAGGUGAUGAUGGGUAUCAACGUGCUGCCAGAAUUGAGAAGCAUCUGAAAUAUCAGAAAAGAAAGCAGGUUUCGGAGCACUCAACGGCUGUAACUCAGCAACGUAAACCCCCAGAGGAAAUUCAAGAAGUCCCAAGGAAACAAAGAAAGACAUUUGUGGUACCGGAACCCGCACAGGGCGUCACGUUUUUUAGAUCGUGGAGUAAGCGACCUCUUGAGCCAGGCGAAGAGAUUAGCGAAAGCGACGACGAAAUUGACGAAGGCUGGAUGCGAAUCCGCAGGUAUGCAGAAAUUGACAAGGCAAAUUUAUCUGCAGAUGCACGUCGAUUUCUAAAGGCAUUUGAUACCUUUAUACACGACGAACAUCUCCAUGCAGACAUUCACGCUGGAGACGCAAUUAUUCGCUUCGCAAGAGCCCACGGUAGUCGCAUAUGGCAGGAAAAUAUCAUGGAUGAAUUCACAAAAAAGAUGGACGAACUGUUGGAGGACAAAGUGAUUUUGCAGGAGAUAUACACAAGAGCCAUGGAGAUUGUCAAUAGCCAAAAGACAUUGAGUGGUGCAGGAAGCAAUGAACUUUCUCGACGACUAGCUGAACUCGAUGUUCAACACAGGCUUACAGGAGGCGGGACAAACAAGGCCGCCAUGCCAUGGCACGAUCCAAAGGGGAAAGGCAAAGCCAUAGUCACAGACACUGGCAACCUUACUCCCUAUACUGCAGCCUCGGAUGGGGAUGCUCUAUCGGGUGCACUCGAGGGUGGAGAUGUGGACCCGCCAUAUGACGAGUGCUAUUGUGGUGUGGAUGCGUCAUUGGGUCCUGGCGCGUCAGACAUGAUUGCCUGUAGCGAUAUCGACUGCGUACGACGUUAUUUCCACGUUUCCUGUUUACGAAAUCACGUUCAAUAUUCUGCACGAGCCCUCCACAAGCCACAGACAUGGACUUGCAACGACUGCAGAGACCAAUCCAGGAGAGCGAGUUAGCUCCUUUCCGUCGAAACUAGUGUUUAUCCAAAAUAGCAUGUUGAUUAUGUUGGCUUUUGUCUUUACCGUGUUUAGCGUUUUAGUAGAGAAGUAGUUUGAGUAGUUGCUACCUUGACGUUUGUUUGUCGUUUUUUUGGGUGGAUCAGUAGUGUUUUGACAGUUCACUAUUGUGAUACCUGUAGCAUAGUUACCUGUAUCGUUUGUUUUUAGUAUACGAGUUAGAAAUCCAUGUACAUGAGUUUGUUU